UCACGCUGGUUCUAACCUUAAAAGUGGCUAACAAAACAAAAAAAAUUGCCUCGAAAUAUUUUGUUUUGCUAAUAGAUAAAUUACAUUUGUUAUAAAUUCAAUUCAAUAACAAUGAACCGAUGAUGCUCGUGUGCUCGCGUUUGAAACAUUUACAAUUCUAAAACUACACAAAGCAACUAACUGAACGUCCAUUAAAAAUCAAACAGCAAAGAAGCAGCAAGCAGCAGCAGCAGGACCGAGGCAACAAAAAUACAAAUACACAAAAAAAGAACACACAAAAUAAAUAAAUAAAAUUUGAAAGAAGCAGCAACAGCAGAAGAGAUACACAUUAUAGCAAGUGCUGCUAAGUGCUAAAUAGUGUUUUAGUUAGAGUUACGACGAUUGUUCGGUUCUUUUGCCAAAAUGUGCAGCUGAAAGUGAAAAAUGCUUUAAAUUACGAUUUUUCCACUGCGUUCUCUCUGGCCAAGAGAGCUGCCAGAGGAGUUUGCUUCGACUUCUCCAACUCCUGCCACAGUGAAACGCGAAAAUAUACUGAUGGAAUGUCCACCAAAAGUGAUUUAAGUAUAUUGUAAAUACGUCCGCAAUUGCAAAAACGUGAAUUGUUCAAGGAGGAUGCAUUCAAAGACAAUCGCAACUACCACCUAAAAUAAUAAGAAAAAAAAAAUCAGAUUCCGCGUCCGCGCCUGGUGCUAAAAGAAAAACCCACAACAAAAACAACAUAAUAUUAAUAACCGGCGACUGCCUCUGGAAUUGCUGUCGUCAAAAAUAUAUAAGAAGCCUUGUUUAGCAUUUAAUUUGUCGCCAUUUGCCGUUUUCGUGCCUCUCUCUUACUCUUGUUACAUUCUUUUGUUGUUUACGUUUGAACUGAAACGUUAACGUUAUAAUAACGUUGCAUAUUGGGCACAUUUGUUGAACAUUCAUAGACCUGAAUCUACUUGUGCAAUUCUUACCCCGCGCCCCUCCAAACAAAUUAUUGAAUAGUUACGAAUUCUUCUUCUUCGUUGAGCAUUUAAAUCAAAAUGAAAACUUCCUCAUCGGAUUUGCCAUCGAAAUCACGUCCAGCCGCUACAGCAACAGCAGCAACAAAAGCAACAAUAAAUUUACACCCGUCCAAACCCACCUCGUCGUUACCACCAUCAGCAACAGCAGCAGCAGUAACAACAACAACAACAACGUAUUUGCAUUUGCUACGCACGAGGGCCACACACUAUCAACCGCAUUAAAUGAGCUUCAAUUCAAUUACAAAUCAUUUAAAGAAACUGCAGUUUUUGGAAUCCCACGAUCUCCUAUUAUCCACACAAUCUUAAUGCGAAUUACUCAUGCCUUGUCUAACUGCCUUCCAAAUUCGCAAACGAAAUACACCAAGAACAUCUUCCAUAUCCCAAAUAUUUUUAAAAUAUCUGGCGUUUGUGAUUUGUUAAAAGUUAAAUGAUAAACCUUUGAUUGUAUUUAAAGUUAACGAUAAGCAAAAAAAGCAACAAAAAGUUAGUUAAAAUAUUUAGCAAACACUGAAAACGAAUCGCAACAACAACAGCAAAAAAAACGGCUUGAGUGUUGGCCAACAAAAAGGAGAGAAGCGAGCGAAUUUCAAAGUGGCAUGAGCCAUCCAUUGGGACUCCGGAAACAUGAUGAUAAUGAGUGUAGUGGGCCACGACCACCUGUACCCGGAGAAGAGAGCCGAGUUAAAAAGAUGACCGAAGGGGUGAUAGACACCUCAAAGAACUCACCUCCAUCUUAUCUGAACUGGGCGCGGACGCUUAACCAUCUGCUCGAGGAUCGCGAUGGGGUGGAGUUGUUCAAAAAGUAUGUCGAGGAGGAGGCGCCCGCCUACAAUGAUCAUCUAAAUUUCUACUUUGCCUGCGAAGGUCUCAAGCAACAGACCGAUCCUGAGAAGGUGAAGCAAAUCAUCGGAGCCAUUUAUAGAUUUUUGCGUAAGAGCCAGCUGUCCAUUUCCGAUGAUUUGCGAACUCAAAUCAAGGCAAUAAAAAACAAUGAGAUCCCGCUUAGUCCCCACAUCUACGAUCCCAUGCAGCAGCAUGUGGAGACAACCAUACGCGACAACAUUUACCCCAGCUUCCUCUGCUCCGAGAUGUACAUACAGUACAUACAGCAAAUGUCUGCGGUGCAGGAGCGCUUCAGUACCACCGCAUCGGGCAGCGCCGGCAGCAGCGGCAGCGGCGGCAGUUGUGGCAGCAACAACGGCAGCGUCACCGGCGCCUGUGCUCUGCCGGCGGCAACCGCCAAGCAAUUGCUGGUCACCACUGCGGGCGGCGCUUCAUUGCCGCCGGGCGUCUUUAUCAAUUUGCCAGUGAGCAGCGGGAAUGUGCUGCCCGCCGGCACUUGCAGCGCCAGCGGCAGUGUCUAUGGCCCAUCCACGUCCGCCAGUUCGAGUGGCUCGAUUAGUGCCACGGACACACUGCCGCGCAGCUCCACGUUGCCCACGCUGCACGAGGAUUCGGAAUUGUCGCUGUGCGAUGACUUCGAGAAGGUGCAAGUGGAGGGCGGACGGGCUCAGAUUGAUUUCCCAAUGCGACUCACGCGCGAUCUAUUGAUAGCCACGCAAAAAAGAAGACUGGAAAUUAGACCUCCCGGAGCUCAUGGUUAUGUCUAUACUGCGAGCACAAACACAUCCUUCGUACCCAAUUCACGCGUCGAUUCGGAGAGGGCAAGCGUUAGCUCCGGCGGCCGCACCGACUCUGAUACCAUGUCACUGUCCAGUUGUUCAAUGGAUGGCCGACCUUAUAUAGAGCGCAGACACAGUUCGACUGAAAGCAAGGCCAUACGUCAGAGCGCCAUGGCGAAUAAGGAGACCAACACGUUUCAGGUUAUACCUCGAACGCAACGACUACAUUCGAACGAGCACAGACCGCUGAAGGAGAACGAACUGUUGGCCUUGCUGAUACCUAAGCUGGAGGAAGUGAAACGUAAACGCGACUUGGAGGAGCGUGCACGUUUAGAGCGAAUGCCUGGUGCUGCGCUACCGAACAACGAAAGAUCCAGUGCCAGUGAUCGUGCAUUUGCCGAGGCGAUACGGGAGAAGUUUGCAUUGGACGAAGACAACGACCAAGACAUACUGGACCAGCAUGUGUCGCGAGUGUGGAAGGAUCAGACGCCACAUCGCUCACCUGGCACAAUGUCACCUUGCCCGCCCAUACCAUCGAGAAGACGCACUGCAACCCAUGACUCGGGCAUGGUCAGUGAUGGUGCCAUGAGUUUGAGUGGCCACUCAAUGAAGCACUCAAAGUCCAUGCCCGAUCCCAGUUCCUGCUCUAGGAAGCUCACAAACAAAUGGCCUUCAAUGAACACAGACAGCGGCAUUAGCAUGUUCUCAGCUGAUACCGUCAUGAAAUACAAGGAGACUAGCUCCCGUUCUGGUUCAAGCACGGCCUCGAAAUUGGAGGAGGCAAAACGAAGACUGGAAGACGAGCCGCGUCGUGUUCGUCGAUACGCCCAACAGCAGUUGCAAUCCCAUAUGGUGCAACAGCAGCAGCAGCAGCAACCUCUCGCCUCCUUUGGCAGCAGCAGCUGCAGCGGCACUUUGCAUCAUCAGGCUGUGGCGAAUCCACCGCCACUGCCAAUCAAGCCGCCGGAAACCGUUGUGGUAUUUUUAUUCUGUGAAGAGCCAGUGCCUUACAGAAUAAAAAUACCCGGUACUCAGCCGACCCUGCGCCAAUUCAAGGACUAUCUGCCCCGAAGGGGACACUUCAGGUAUUUUUUCAAGACGCAUUGUGAGGAUCCAGACAGUCCAGUGAUUCAGGAAGAAAUUGUUAACGACUCCGACAUACUUCCGUUGUUUGGAGACAAAGCGAUGGGUCUUGUCAAACCAUCGGAAUAAUUAUUAAGCCUAACAUGUAGAUUUUGUAUUAAGCUAAAUUAUGAAUGCUGGGGGGUCAUAAUGAUGAUGAGGAUAACGAUGACGAGGACGGUGUAAUGUACAUCUUAGAGAUACAAUAUCAGAAGCUAUUCCCAAGAAAUCAAAACUUAAAUAGAACUAAAACUGUACAUUCAAAAUAGGCUUUUGCAAGCAUCACAAACAAACAACUAUUGUACGCAUGGGAAAGGGGAUCGGGUUUUUGGGAUUGGGCAAUGGGGUUUUUUGUGGGAGCGGGGCGGGGCGGGGGGAGCAAUCUGUUUCAUAAUUUCGUCCUUUAACAUCUGGAGGUAUUUUUUUCUUUGCUUUUGUGAGAGAGAAUACAUACAUUAGUCUUAUUAACGAACAUUUACGUUAACUUUAUAUGUACGUGCGAUUAUUUAUUGAAUAAGUCGAGCAAACACGAAUCGUACAUUUAUAUAUAUAGAUAGAUAUGCAUAUGAUAAGUACGUAUGAUUUGUAUUUGUAUGUUUUCGACCAUUUAAACUCAACGAAAUCAAUCCGAAAUUCGUUUCCCCGUACCAAUUUGGUGAGACUCUUGAACACACACACACACCCAAACACACAUCCACAAUAGAAACAUAAUGAUUGAGCACAGCAUAUUUAAUUGAAAAGCGAAAAAGUUUAGAAAGUUCUCUGGGUAUUCCUGAAUUCGGAUUUGUUUGUUACUUUGUACUAACUAUGGACUGCCUGCAAUAAAUUUUGUUAAUAUUUUUAUAAUGUGCAUUUUAUGAUGAUAUAAACGAAAACAAAAAACAAAACACGAAAAAAGCAAAACGUAAAGAAGAUGAUAUGAUGAUAUUAACAAAGUUCUAUUCAAACUCGACAAAAAAUCAAAAUAUAAUCUGUUUUAUUUUUGUAUAAUCUAUUAUACUGCGUAUAUAGAAAGUAUGUACAUUUGAAUUUAUGUAUUUAUACACAACUGCAUACAAAUAUAUGGUAUGCAUUGUGCUUUCACAUCUACAUCUAUUGUCUACUAUUAAAACAAAAAAACGAAAACACACAUUUGUAUUUACCAUUGGACACAAUUUUCAUUUCAUUUGAUAAAAACAAUGAGUGCUAAUUGCUCCAAUAGUUGGAAAA